ACCGCUUAGAUCUAAUAUAAACAGUGAAUUUUAUUUAUAAUUUUUUUCACAAUUCUAUGAUUUUUUCUUUACUCCAAAUCCAAUGGCAACCGUACGAUCAAACUCGAUCACGGUCUUCUUCGUCGUUUUCAUUCUCUUCGCAACCGCACCAUUUCCUUCUCAAUCCAUAUCUUUCUCCUCUUACUUCCGUUACCGAGACCUCUUCUCCCUUUCGCAUUCCCUUCUCAUCGGCGUUGCCAACCUCCGGGCCUCGCGAGGCGACGUUGUUGGCGCCGACCGAGCUCGGGCCAUCGCCAACAGCCUCGACCGUGGAACCGUCUUCGGCUUCGCCAAACUCCUCUGGACGUGGUCGUGGACGGACUUGUCCUUCACGGAUAUUUACGGCGUCGUUUCGGACAUGAACGAGUUGCUGAGGGGCUUGACUGAGUUGACUCGUUUGGAAUCGGUCGCGGAAAGGUCAGCUUGGAUUUCGCGAAAUUACCAGAGUGUCCUCACCGUCUCAAAGUCGCUUUCCAGCAAGCUCCUCAAAGCGUUUCGCCAGUCGGGAGUGAUGAGGGAAAUGGGGGAGACGUUUCAGAAAGAGGUGGUGGAAGGAGGAUUAAUCAGGGAUUGUCUUGAAUUAAGUAACAAUGAUUUAAAGGCUUUGGUUCAGGUUGUCAAAGAUUUGUUGUUGCAAUUCUUUCCUGUUGGUGGUAAAGACUCUGAUCUAUAGUUGGGAAUUUGGAUCAUCGAGAAUUUUUAAGGAUUAUGUAACUGCUGAACUUAUAAGUGACCAAAAUUCAAUUUCAAUUUUUGCUUUCA